AUGAAGACCACUUACGCGGUAGCGGCUCUUGCUGCCGGUGCCAACGCGGCCAGCAUCCACCACAGACAUGCUCACGACGCGCUCCACGCCCUGGAGAAGAAAAGCAACGACAACAGCACUUGUGGCUGCACCACCAUCUACAGCACCUACUACGGUCAACCUACUCUGGUAUUCCCGUCUGUUCCAGCGGCAGCACCGACGACCAGCAGCUCUGCUGCGCCAACCACACUCACCCAAACCCAGGUCGUGGUACCAACGCCAGUCGCCCAGACGUGCUCAACCACGGGUGUCUACACCUUCCCGGCCACCACCGUCACAUUGACCGACUCGACGACGGUGGCCGUCCCGACAACGACUGCUGUGACCAGUGGUACCAACGUGGUUGGUGGUGUCACCACCAUCGUCAGCACCGCUACAACCGUCACCUGCCCCUACGCCACCGUCUCGACCAGCGAGGGAGUCACCACCAGCGUCAUUGAGACCACCACCUACGUGUGCCCCUCCGCCGGCACCUACACCAUCGCCCCUAUCACGACGACCGUAACUGAGGACACCACGGUGACUGUGCCUUGCGUCACCAGCUACACCCCUGGCACCUACACCCAACCUGAGGUUGUCACCACCAUCACCGAGACAAGCACUGUCGUCUACUGCCCCUUCGAUGUACCUACCCCGACGGCGGAGACCACCUCAGUCGCCCCGGUCACCACUUCAGCGGCUCCGGUCACCACAUCGGCCGUCGAAACCUCGGCCGUUGAGACCUACCCCGUCGUGACCUCUUCCGUUGAGACCUCGGCCGCCACGGCAACUGAGUACCCGACUUCCUCGUCCAAAGCUCCUGCACCCACCGGCGGCCUGGGUGGCGCGGCUGGUCAGCCAUGGGGCGUAACCUACACGCCUUACACCACUGACUCGACAGGUGAAUGCAAGUCCCAGUCUGUCAUCGAGGCAGACAUUGCUGCUAUCGCCGCUGCGGGCAUCACCACCAUCCGUGUCUACUCGACCGACUGCCACACCCUGGACUGGGUCGCCCCUGCUUGCGACAAGAGCGGCGUGAAGCUCAUCGUUGGUAUCUUCAUUGACACCGCUGGUUGCGAUGCGUCGAACCCCAGUGUUCAGGAGCAGAUUGACCUUAUCGCUAAAUGGGCCAACUGGGACCAGGUCGAUCUUAUUACUGUUGGAAAUGAGGCUGUGCUCCACGGCUACUGUACCCCGGCUGAGCUCGCCGCUCUUGUCACCAAGGCCAAGAGCGCCUUCACCGGGUACACUGGACCGUUCUCCACCUCCGAGACGGUCAACAUCUGGCAACAAGAAGAGUUCACCAGCGCCAUGUGCCCGGUGAUUGACGUCGUCGGUGCCAACGCUCACGCUUUCUUCAACCAGGGAACCGACGCUUCCGAGGCUGGUGCGUUUGUCAAGAGCCAGCUUGACAUCAUUAACAAAGCGUGCGCUGGCCUCGAGGGGUACAUCAUGGAGACUGGCUGGCCUACAAAGGGUAACGCCAUGGGCAAGGCCGUCCCCGGUGUCUCUGAGCAAGAAAUUGCCAUCAAGUCCAUUGUUGCGGCCGUUGGUGACAAGGCUGUCAUGUUCAGUCUGACCUCGGAUGCUUGGAAGGACGAAAACACCGACUGCGGAUGCGAGCAGCACUGGGGUUGCGCCUCGGUUCUUGGUAUCACCCUGUAA